AUGGCUACUGAAGGACUUGCGAAACCAUGGAUUGAGUUCGAAGAAGAACUCGGCGAGCGCAUGCUCUUGAAGCCGCCCAUCUCCCACAUGUCAGAGCAAUUUAUGCGAUAUGGUGGCCUCAUGGCCUCGAAGUAUACGUUUCCCGAACCCGAUCCUUCCGUGAAGACCGAAGACACAACAACCGAUGGCGGCACCAAAGUGCGCGUAUACACGCCAGAUGGCUAUAAGGGUGGCAAGCCAGUGUGCGUGUAUUUCCACGGUGGCGGUUGGGCUAUGGGCGACGUGAAUGGCGACGAUCCAUUCAGCAGGGCAAUCUCAAAAGCUGGUGGCGUUGUGGUUGUAUCUGUUGAAUAUGGACGUGCCCCAGACAACAAGCACCCUGGCUUAAUGGACGAGUGCUAUAAAGCCUUGCAGUGGGCUUUGAGCAACUCGAAGCGGCUGAACACCGCCGAGGGCAAGUUCCUAACAGCCGGAGUCUCUGCUGGCGGUCAACUAGCGUUCGCGACUGCGCUGAGAGGCCUGGACGAGGCAUCGGGCGAGCUUGUCGGUGUUGUCGCAAUCAUACCUGUGACUGUGCAUCCGGAUGGCGUCCCGCAGACACUUCGGCCUGAGUACACGGCCAUGGAAGAGCACGAUCAGCAUACCAUCAACCCUGCGGACGCGAUGAGAGCCUUCUGGGAUGCUUUCGGUGCUCCACCAACUGACCCGUAUGGAUCGCCUCUGCUUCAUCCUGGAAUCAAGAACCUGAAGAAGGUCUACAUGGCUGUUGCGGGGCAUGACACGCUGAGAGACGACGGUGUACUCAUGAAGAAGAAGCUAGAUGAUGCUGGUGUGCCCGUCAAAUUCGACUUUUACGAUGGCUAUCCACAUUUUUUCUUCGCUUGGCCUUCGCCCAAGCUUGAUAAGCCGAGGAAGCAGUUCUAUGACGAUUUGGCUGAGGGUGUGAAGUACGUGUUGUCAGAGGAGGCGUAG